AUGGCCAGCUACCACAAACCCGACGAAAAAACUCUGCAGGGGCUUAAGGAUGCCGCCAACAAGCUGAGAAUUCACUCCAUUAAGGCAACAUGCGCCUCCAACUCUGGCCACCCCACAUCGUGCUGCAGUGCAGCAGAGAUCAUGUCGGUGCUUUUCUUUCAAACCAUGCGCUACAAAGCUACCGACCCUCGCAACCCGUGCAACGACCGCUUUGUGCUGUCAAAGGGUCAUGCCGCACCAAUUUUGUAUGCCGCCUGGGCCGAGGCCGGUUUUGUGAAAGAGUCUGAGUUGCUCAACCUGCGCAAGUUUGACAGUGACUUGGAGGGACACCCGACCCCAAAACUGGCAUUUGUUGAUGUGGCAACUGGAUCGCUUGGUCAGGGUCUUAGUGCUGCUUGUGGGAUGGCAUACACGGGAAAGUACUUUGACAAAUCCAGUUACCGUGUGUACUGUCUGAUGGGAGAUGGAGAAUGUUCCGAGGGUUCCGUAUGGGAAGCCAUGGCCUUUGCUUCGUUCUACAAACUUGACAACCUGGUGGCCAUCAUGGAUGUCAAUCGGCUCGGCCAGAGUGAUCCUGCGCCUCUCCAGCAUAACGUGGAUGUCUAUCUCAAGCGCUGUGAAGCCUUUGGAUGGAACACCUAUGUUGUGGAUGGACAUAAUGUGGAGGAGCUCUGCAAAGCAUUCUGGAGUGCUAAGCAGUUUAAGGGGCAGCCCACCUGCAUUGUUGCCAAGACAUUCAAGGGAAAAGGCCUCAAAGGUAUUGAAGAUGAAAUGAAUUGGCAUGGAAAGCCCAUCCCAAAAGACAAAGUGGAUGGAAUCUUAAAUGACCUUCAGGCGCAAAUCAAAGACCCUCACAAGACCUUGUCUCCUGAGCUGCCAAAUGAAGAUGCACCACCACCUGACUCAAGUCCCAUUCUCCUGUCCUCUCCCCCAGAAUACAAAAAGGGUCAAAAGAUGGCAACAAGGCGUGCGUAUGGUGUAGCGUUGGCCAAACUGGGCAAUUCGAGCACGAAAGUGGUGGCUCUUGAUGGGGACACCAAAAACUCCACAUUCUCUGAGACCUUUAUGAAAUCUUUCCCAGAUCGCUAUAUUGAAUGUUUCAUUGCUGAACAGAACAUGGUGGGGAUAGCUAUUGGUUGUGCUUGUCGAGACCGCACGGUGGCUUUUGCUAGCACUUUUGCCACCUUCCUUUCCCGUGCAUAUGACCAGAUCCGAAUGGGUGCCAUAUCUCAGUCCAAUGUCAACUUGGUCGGCUCUCACUGUGGUGUCUCUAUUGGUGAGGAUGGUCCUUCUCAGAUGGCACUCGAGGACUUGGCAAUGUUCCGUGCCAUACCUACAUGUACUGUGUUUUACCCUAGUGAUGCUGUAGCCACUGAAAGAGCUGUGGAGCUAGCAGCAAACACAAAGGGCAUCUGUUUUAUCCGAACCAGCAGACCUGAUACUGCAGUUAUAUAUUCUGGAGAUGAGAAGUUUGAGAUUGGUGUAGCCAAGGUUGUGCGCCAGUCUAAAAGUGAUCUUGUGACUGUGAUUGGAGCUGGUGUCACUCUGCAUGAAGCUCUGGCUGCUGCUGAUAUGCUGGAAAGUGAAGGGAAAAACAUUCGUGUGAUUGACCCAUUUACUAUAAAGCCUUUGGAUGCGGCCACCAUUUUGGCGAACGCAAGAGCCACUGGAGGACAGAUCAUCACAGUGGAGGACCACUACAAGGAGGGUGGUCUUGGUGAGGCAGUAUUGUCAGCAGUGGGCCAGGAGCGGGACAUUGUUGUAACCCGGCUGGCAGUCACCAGUGUUCCAAGGAGCGGGAAGCCCCAGGAGCUUCUGGACCUCUACGGCAUCAGCGCGAAGCAAAUCGCCAACACUGUCCGCCAGAAAUUUGCCAACUAA